AUGUCUGGAAAAAGAAUCUCUAAAGAAUUAAACGAUUUAGCUAAGGACCCUAUAAGUUCUUUCUCUGCAGGACCUGUCGGAGAUGAUUUAUACCACUGGCAAGCCUCCAUCAUGGGUCCAGCAGAUUCCCCAUACACAGGUGGUGUAUUCUUCCUAACUAUUAAUUUCCCAACAGAUUAUCCUUUUAAACCACCAAAGAUUGCUUUCACUACAAAAAUAUAUCAUCCAAAUAUUAAUGCUAAUGGUAAUAUUUGUUUAGAUAUAUUAAAAGAUCAAUGGUCUCCUGCAUUAACACUUUCUAAAGUACUAUUAUCCAUUUGUUCUUUAUUGACUGAUGCUAAUCCUGAUGACCCUUUGGUUCCAGAAAUUGCUCAUUUAUAUAAGACUGAUAGAGCUAAAUACGAAACUACUGCAAAGGAAUGGACUAAAAAAUAUGCUGUAUGA